AAAAUCAAACAGCCAGCAACACGACGGCCCGGCGUACAGAAGUGAGCGAAACACGAACAAAAUACGUAUAGAGUAAUAUGACAACGAAGCACAAAGACAGCGGCAGCAUAAAGUGAACUUAACAUCAGGAAAAACGAACUUAUAUAAGCGACUAUAUAGCUAUACACUUAUACAUUAUAUAUACAUAUAUAGGAAAUACUCGUAAAGUGUCAUUCGGGUGUACAGAAAAUUCGCUAAGCAUUCGCAUUCGCAACUCGAUCGUGCGUUUUUAUUGAGUUCAUUUGCCACAAAAACUUUUAAUUAAACAAUAUUUUCAAAUUUAACACACUGCCAACAGCGAAGAGAGAACUAAAGAGAACGAUAAAAGAGAGUGAGAUCGAAGAGCAGAGAACGCACUAGAAUACUCUCGUCUAUAUAAAUUCUCAUUGGAGUUACCAAACAAGAGAGAACAACAAAUUCAAUUCAAGGAUAUGAACGAAACGAGACGAACAAUCGGUGGCAUUGCACUUCCGGCACUGCUAUUGACGCUGCUGCUGCUGCUUGUGUCCCAAACCGAGUGUCGAGCUGCGGGGGAGUCGGAAAAUGAGUCUGAUAUUGCAUCGCUUCCUCCGGAUGUGGAUAACGUGGAGUUGCAUCGAGUGAAGCUCGUCAAUGGCGUGAUGACUGAGGAUCAUCCCAUUGUUAUGUACAAAGAGGACUUUGUCAACGAGGAUUAUGAUCCCACCCAGAGUGAAACCAAGGCAAAACCUACAAGGAAAUACAAGCAACUGAAGCGCAUGCGUCAUCAUUACAGCACCGCAGAGAAGAUACGCUUCGAUGUGCUGCCCGAGACACCAAUCUUUGUUGACGAUGCCGAUGACUCCGGUGCCGAUAACUUUGAGGCCGCCUCGCUGUUGGAGCCCUCCAAGCAGGAGACUCUCCAGAAGUAUCCCAAGAAGUACCACAGUCGUCAGCGUCGACAAGUGUACUACUACAACAGAAACCACUACUAUGUCCAGCCCUAUCAAUAUGCCCCCUCUCCCGCACCAUAUUAUCUGCCAGUUGCGACACCAAAUCAAUACCAACAUAGUCAGGUAGAGGGCAAGAAACCUAAAUAUCGUGGCAAGCAACCGCCAUGGCAAACGAAGCCCACGAAACCCAGCAUGCCCACCGAUAUUGGCACACGUCUAGGCGAACCCGAUGAAAACUCUUUGUUCCAUGACUCGAAUCCUGCCAAUGCCGACUUCUCGGUAUUCAAUCAACCCAGGCCAGCAGCAGACACUCCCAGACCAAGCUCAAGCAAUCGUCAAACGCCAACAACUCGCCCUCCUUUCGGUGGAUUCCAGUCCCCACCAGAGUCACCAGUGGAGCAACCGCCUAGUUGGGAGCCCAGCCCACAAAGACGUCCAGCCACAAAUAGGCCGACGACAUCCGCACCAGCAGCGUCGAGAAGAACCACACCGAGGGUGUCAAGCUGUGUCUGGGCCAUUGUCAACUGUUGUUCGCAGGGCAACAGUGAUAUCCACUAUAAUUGCUUUGAGGAAUUUGGCUGUCACGGCGCCUUUUGGGGCGUCAAUCCCUGUGCGGACAAUGUGCGCGAUGGUGCGAUUGCCUCAUUAACGAGAUCCUUUUCAACCGGUCCUCCAUCCCUACGCCAAUAAAUAAUCGAGAUUUUCGCUUACUUCGAUUGGCUGUGUGUGCGCCGUGAAAGUAUUUUUGGGAUUUUCGCUACAUACAGGAAAUCUACCUAUUUAAUUUAUUCUCUAAGCUUAGGUCUAAAACACUUAAAACCCAAAACACAAAUAAAGAAUUUUCAAAUUUGUCUUUUUUAA